GGUCACAACGGUCAGAUUAGCAUAUGCCCGGUAAGUUUGAACGCUUGAGGAGACGCUAAUGGUUAAAGUACAACUAAAGCAAACAGACGCUUGUGUUCAUUUAAACGCCGUCUCCAGACGAUGCUCUGUUGUCUAACAUGCGUGUAACGUAGCGUUGAACGUCAGCUUGGCUUGAAUACGCGACGUUUGAGGCCAGAAGAGCUCCAAGAACGACGUACUAAACGGCAGGACCACGCCAAGCCGAGGCGCCACCCCUGGGGCGAGCUCCAAACUCUACUCGUUCGUCUGGGCGUGUAGUUCAAGUCUUUUCGUUUCUGGCUGCUGUUGGUCUCUGUAAAGGUAGUGUCCAGAGAACAAGACACAAGAAUGGCAGCUUACCCGACCAGUGCAGCGGUGGGCAGUACAGCGGAACCCUACAGGGCCACCAAACUGUGGAAUGCAGCCAUUGAAGCCUUCUGUCAGGGCAUGCCGACAGGCACGCGCCGGUUUCUACUACGUCAGUACGACAGCUCAUUCACCGCUAGCGAGGCUGUAGACUGGCUACACCAGUACCUGAGGAGUAGUGAUGACUUCGGACCCUCAGUCACCCGGCACCAGACUGUGCAACUCCUGCAGAAGUUCCUCUCUGCUGGGAUAUUUACUGAAGUCCGUGGCAAGGGCAGUAGUUUUCACGACAACAAGAAUAUAUACAGAUUUACAGAGUCCUGUCGAACAGUGUGCAGUCAAGCACCCUUGUCUGCCAGGGACACCAACACGCUACCUGUAGAAUCCUGUCCUGGUGGGGAGAAACCUGCGGUUAUGAAUAAACCGCUGAAAGCAAAGGCACCAGCGCCUCCUGUAGAUCCACAACUGGAACUGCAGGCUUGGAAUCAAGCCAUUUUAAAGAGACUGACAGAACUGUUAGGAGAAGACUGGGUGUGUAGAAUGAUAGACCGCUACUGUAUCAACAGCAGCCACAUGAAGCACACGGUCACCAGAAGGAGCCGGUCUGGCAUUGUGGAACCUACAGAUGAGAAAGAUGAUGUUCCACACUGGGUGCUGUCUGCUAUGAAAUGUCUGGCCAAUUGGCGCACAGAUAGUGAAGAGGCAGAGGAGUGGCAGUCCUGUUACUCUGGGUUUGAGUUAGACGUGCUGAAGGUGAUCUCGGAGUACUUCCAGGGCCUGGAGCAGCCUCUACUCCAUCCUGUCUCCGCCAGUCUCAUCAACAGGCUGCUAGGCUACACCCAGGGUGGGCUCAGCAGCAAGGAACCAUUGAUUCUGCACAAAGAUGUCCAGCGCAAGACACGCCCCAACACUGUCAGGAGAAUCAAAUCUUUCUCCAUGCAGCCGGCUGACAAAAGACAAAACUUUGUCAAACGGUACACCAGCAGCCCAGGCCUGUCUCGGGCAGCCAGCCAGGACUGUCUGUCUAGUGAGAGAAGCGUCUCCAACAACGAUGUAUCGCCUCAAGGUUACAGCAACAUGUCAAGGGCAACCAGUUACACGUGUCUGUCUGCUGAGAAGAGUCUCUCCAAUGGCGACUUGUCCCCUCAACAUCCAGCAGUCAAAGUGAAACUCAGCAUGCCGCGCCCACGAGGCAGGAUGUUUUCCAUUGUCGGCUGGAGUAAUCCCAAACUUAACCAGGCUGUGGAACCUUCAGGCCCCCGUACAGGACCUGGCGUCUCCACCAGGCUGGCCGCCGGAUCCAGCUACAGCACCGGUCGUGCCAAGACUACCACACAGGGUACAGGUACAGAUGAUGAGCAUGUCGGUGUUCAGAUGGCUACCACUACAGAGGCGCUGCAGUUGUGCUGUCUGUUGUCUCAUCCAAACGACUACCGGAAACUGCAGCUCUUGGUCAGGUUCAUGACGUCUGUAGCCAACAACCCUUCCCUCACACUUCACCCAAGUCUUCCUGCCAGAACACUGAUGCUGAAGAUCUUCACCUGGUGCAUUGUGCGAGGCAGUAGCCACCAGCAGAACCAGUAUGCCUAUGACUUUGGUGCCAUGCAGAUGGCCUCCUACCUCCUGGACCAUCACAAGGACAUCCUGGUGGCUCCUCCAGACUUCCAACAGAGAGUACAGAAGCUGGUGCAGAGGAACAGACCAGGACAGAGAGUCACCUUCUGCAAGCAGAUCAGCUGUGAGGAGUUUGAGAACCAGAAGCUGAGUCUAUCCCAGCAUGCCCUGGCAGAGCUGCUGCAGUCCAUCCUCCAUGACAGCCGCAUGCCAAAUAAGGUCAGGCAGAGGAAACUCAAGCAGUUCAAAGAGAUCUAUCCAGACAUCUAUGCUGAACAUGUCGCGCAGAACAAAGAGAACCCUGCAGCUGUACAGACUCAAACAACAGCCAAGCAGGGUUUUCCUAGAAUCAAAAAGCCACUUCUCAAGCUGAACAGUUUGCGGUUUUAGUGUCCACGCUGAUUUGUAAAGCUGUAAAGGCCAAAGGGCUAAUAUACCUAUUCUUGUGUAAAUUGUUUGAAAGAAAUCAAGUUUUCAAUUGUACAGUACUGAUUUUGUAAAGAGAAAUGAUUGUUAAGACAAAAAUUAAUGUAAUCAAUGAAACUGGCCUUUGCAGCAUGGUAAUACUGUUUUAGUGUGAAAGGGGCCACAUUUAACCAAGGAAUGAAAGACAAUAGUCUCCCUUUUCCUGUGACAUUGAGUUUGAACAUUGUUUUUCCGUUUUCAGACUAACAUUGUUCCAAUUGAGUCAGGCAACAAUCGGUAGUUGAAAGAUGUAGAAUGAUCAGUUUCUGUAUAGGUUAGCUGUCCUUACAUAAGUUUAGGAGUAUGAAUAUGUGUAGGAGUUUGACUUAUAGUCAUGUCUUUGUCUCCAUUGUCUGCCACACUUGUAGAUGAUUUUGGUAGGAAAUUGGUGUGUAGACAAAUGUAGAGUUGUUUUGACAGUAGGUUGUAGAACAUUAGUAGAACAUUAGUAAGCACAUAACUUAAUGUUGCACUGUAAUGAAAGACUUUUUUAUCAGAGUUUUAAUAUCCAGUGAAUAUUUUGCAGUAUUCCAUGGCACAGCUAAUGCCUAAUAUGAUCACAGUGACUGUAAAUUGAGGUAAAUGCAAAAGAAUAACCCUUUUGUUAUGUACUGAUUAUUAAAUGUUGACAAUCUUUUAAAUCUUCUUAAACUUUUUUUAGCAAUUAUCACAUCAAAGGGGUCCUUCCCUCACUGAAAAAUU